AGGGGGAGGGGGUUCUAUUUAUACUUCUCCUUUUUUGUGUGUGACUCUCGGAACCGUGAUGCGAGUGCGAUGCAAUUCCUGGAAUCCGCCACUUCCUGGAAUAGAUUAAAAGGCAGCAAACAAAAGAUUACUUACUGGCGGGUGGCUCUCCCUCCCUCCCUCCCUGCCUGCCAGUGGAUUCAGCGUCGUCGUCGGGGCAGGUCGCGCCAGAGGGGAGCCCUUCCUCUUGGUGGCCAGAGGGCUCCUCCGCAUCCCUUCAGUCGCCUGGCUCCGGCCUUCCCGGAUUUUAAAAGCCGGCGGGAAACUAGAUUGAUAUCAGAACCGGGGCAUUUAAUAGAAAAACACGGUUAUUUGUUUUAUCCUUGCUGAGAAUUCCUGGGGAAACACUGGCACGUCCUUCAGCUCCUCUCUUGCUGGAAAGGAAGACUUUCUGGAUACCUCAAGUUGCUGGGUUGUGUUUCUUUCUGUUUACCUCCCUUUUGGGAGAGAGAGAGAGAGAGGACUCCAAGGGGCUUUCGAGAAGGUCUCAACGCGGUCUUCUUCUCUCGCGGACUUUUCCACCCUUUGUGUUUGGGAACAAAGGCAGCCACGAAAGAAGAAGAGAAGAUCCCACGGUUCCCUGGCGCCUGGAUGCUCUUUCCUUGGUCCUGGAGGGACAUGAUCCUCUGUAUUCAAGGAACCCAUCCUUUGCUGGCAGAGGAAAAGAGGAGGCGGUCGCUUGGGGGCCUUACAGUUAAUGUGCCAGAGCAGGUCAUGCAGCCUCUUCCAGUUGUGCCCUUCCAAGAUGAGGCUGCUCCUCCUCCCUCGGUGGCACCCACACUUGAGAGCAAGCCACCUCAGGCACGAGACCCGGAGGAAGACCUCCUGUGUAUUGCUAAAACAUUUUCAUACCUGCGAGAAUCUGGCUGGUACUGGGGCUCUAUCACAGCCAGUGAAGCUAAGCAGCAGCUCCAAAAGACGCCCGAGGGCACUUUCUUGGUACGGGACAGCACCCAUCCCAGCUACCUGUUCACCCUUUCAGUCAAGACCAAUAGAGGCCCCACCAACGUGCGCAUAGAAUAUGCCGACAGUAAGUUCCGGUUAGACUCCAAUUGCCUCUCCAAGCCUCGGAUUUUGGCCUUCCCAGACGUGGUCAGCCUUAUCCAGCAUUACGUUCUUUCCUGCACUGUGGAGAGCAAAAGUGAGGCCCCUUACCCGCCUCCCCUGCCACCCUUACAGAAGGAGAUGGUGGCGUCAGCAGUACAUUUGAAACUCAUCCGGCCACUUGGUCGCAAGGACGGUGCUCCCAGUCUGCAGCACCUCUGCCGGCUGCAGAUCAACAGAUCUACUGCAGAGACAGAACAGUUGCCUCUGCCAAAGAGAAUGAAGGACUAUUUGAAACAGUACCCUUUCCGGCUUUGAGGACACAACACAUUUUAGUUUUGCCUCAGAUGGACAAUGAAAAUAUUUUUAUAAUAAAUAAAAAAUACUCAAAUACAGAGGGGACAGUGAUGUGGCUUUGAGCCACUGUGGUGAGUGAGCAAAGCAAAUAAGUGGCUACCAGAAGAGAUCAUAUCUCAUCUUCACUCCUCUUACUCUCCUUCCCCCCUCAGCUAUCCGAUUCCAUUCCCAUGCCAUGGGGAACGCUGCUUGUUCCAGUGAAAUGUGUGCGUGGUACAAAAUUCUAGUGCCCAAACCUCAGGGCUACUCUUUUUCUCUCUGGCUAUGGCUGGGAGGAAGCUUUCCCAGCUUGUGCUCACUACUUGAAUUUCAAAAUCACCAUCACACCAGGAAUGUUCAGGCAUUGUUACUGUUGUUUAUUUAUACCCAUGGUAUACUCUCUUCCCAUUGCUUCUAAUCAAGAUUGUUUUUACUUAAUUCUCCUUUUCCAAACGACAUUAUUAGAAAGGGACUCAGACUGUAACUAUCUGUGUUAGCCUUAAGUUGUGUGUGUAUGUACAGGGGAAGCUGAAUGUGAACUUCAGUUAAGAUGUCUGGUGGGAAACCUGCUCCAUCAUCUGCAAUGAUGUAUUGUAGUCUUCCCAGGUGGGGGUCCCUCUAGACAUUUUAGACUUUAUUUCUUAUUAUUGAACCGGUUGAUGGGCACCUGGUUGGAGAAGUUGGGAUAGGGAUCCCAUCCCUACCAUGAAAUUGCUCAGCUAAAUGAAUGUGGACUUGCAUCAAGGUGGAUCUUUUCUCACCAUUCCCCAUUUUGAAGAGAAGGCUCCCAUUAUUAAUUUGCUACAUGACAUCCUAUUGAUUGGUUCUCAAACCAACAACUGCAGGCGGUUCCUGAAUUCCUGUCACACAAAACUUAAGGGUAUGUCUUGAUGGGAUGAUCACAAAUGGACUAUUGGUUAUAAAGGUGAUUCCUACUAUAUUGCCACUACAACACAUCUUUAUUUUCCUUUGUUGGGGGAAGUAGCAAAAGGCACCUUCCCGUUCACAAUUAUUUCACUAGUAUCAGUCAAUCAGUUGAAUGUUAAGCCAUUGUUUCAUCAGUCUGUUAGUACCAUGGCAAUCCACAGAGAACAGAAUCCUAUUGUAUUGCUCACAGUCCUAUUUUGUGGAUGGAACUUUGAAUAAUGGCCUAAAUCCAAUAUUAGUGUUCUAUUUUUAUACUGGAUUUUUAGGGGAAAUACUUCCUUAAAAUCCUUUCUCACUUUCAUAAAUGGACAUUGGCUACCAUGCGUUCUCUUAAAAUUGAAGAUUCCAACCGUCUAAGAAUUUGGUUGUCUUCCAUUGGAUGUCUUAAUUACUUAGGAGAAUCAAUGGAUAUACCUGCUUUUAUAAGCAUACGGCUGAGUUGGAGAAAGAUGCCUCUACUAUAAUACAGGGUGAAAAUCAAGGAUUAAGACAAACUUCCUCAGUAGCCAUGCUGGCAGCAAUAAUCUAACAUAUCUGGAAGACAUCAGGUUGGGGAAGUAGACAUUCCAGUGCAACCUGAAGGAAAUGUUAGUAGCAAGGUGCUCCAACAGCAAUCUAUUUAGUCAGUGUCCAUUUCUUUUCAUGUCCCCCCACCCCCAACAUUUGUUAUUUCUGGUUUUCUUUUGGUUACUUUAAUAAUUGCUGGAGGAUGUGUGCAUGUGUGGUAUUUGGUUUGUUGAUCAAUGAGCUCUCCACUUGUGCACUAUGGCAGGUGCUGGAGCAAGAGCAAAUGAAUGAGAAAAGAAAAUAUAUUGAAACAAAACAAAAUACAAUAAAUCAUAUUUUUAAAUACAAA